UCUCGAUUUCCAAGUUGUCUGGAACGCAGCGGCGGUGCAUUGAGAAAACACGUGGCUGGCUCGGCGGUGGAACCUGCUAAAUUUCUGCACACUUGAAUUUAGCGACGCUAGCCAGCCAUUUUACAACAGCCACGGUGCAUGCAGUGUAUUAAGUGGCCGAUUUGCUAGAUGCUGCAGCCUAACUUGUUUUCGCCAAAUGAGCAACGUGCAAGAGCUUGGUGACUUCCCAGAUUUGCUUCUGCGAUUUUCCGCCUCUGACGUGUAAUUUUGACUUUUUUCUAAAAAGUGUGUUGACAAUGACGCCAGACCGAACCGCCGGAUAGCUCACUUUCAGUCUUUGUCACAGUGUGGAAUGGAGCAAAGGUCAACAAUCUGUCUCACGUGCAAAUAAGUGCAUGGAGCAUUUUAACCUCCCUUUGACUGCUUUGUGAAAUUGGUCCAAUUGCACCCCUUUGACAUGAAGAGCACAGCAUCGGGCACAAGGACGGGACUGAGAGCACACCAGAUCUCUGCAACUGCCCGUUGAUUUAAUGAACCUUUCUUUUGGGAUUACACUCGUUUUCUAUUCACAAAUCAGUGGGUUUGUUUCACAACUGAACUGAGCUGUCACAUGGUCAUUUGAUACUCAAAUAACUUUGCCACAGUGUCCCACAUCCAAGUUGACACAAUGGUGGCAGACAAUAUUGGGAGUGGUGACAGCACUAGUGAAAGGCCCCAAGGAGAACGAGAGUUAGACUUCAAGGAGCCUCCAUCUGAAGACCCAGGAGGAUGGCAUGGGGACACUGAUCAAGAGAUGGCUGCCAUCGCCUCCGAAGCCCUUUCUCCCACCAUGCCAGCCAAGGAACCAAACACAUGGAAGUGGUCAGUUAUAUUCUUGUGCUUCUAUGGGUUUAUGGCAUCCAUUAAGCCUGGGGAGCCCUUCAUAACACCAAAUCUCCUCAGUCUUGAGAAGAACUUCACUACGGAACAGGUGACCAGUGAGAUCACUCCUGUGAUGUUGUACUCGUACAUGGCUGUGCUGGUGCCAGCCUUCCUGUUGACAGACUUUCUGCGCUACAAGCCUGUGCUCAUCAUCCAGGGCAUUAGCCAGGUGGCCAUCUGGCUCACCCUUCUGUUCGGCACCACUCUGCUGCAGAUGCAGUUCAUGGAGUUUUUCUACGGUAUCACCAUGGCCUGCAGGGUGGCCUACUCCUCCUACAUUUUCUCCCUGGUCUCCCCGAGUCUCUACCAGCGUGUGGCCAGCUACUCGCGCUCAUCUGUCCUCAUGGGGGUGUUCACCAGCUCGGUCCUGGGCCAGCUGUUUAUGUCUCUGGGCAACAUAAGCUACAGCACCCUGAGUGCCGUGUCUUUGGGUUUUGUCAGUUUCGGGUUGUUCCUCUCGAUAUGUCUGCCCUGGCCCAAGCGCUCCAUGUUUUUCAACCAGGCACGUCUUCAGCAGCAGCAAAGGCAACUGUCGUCAUCAAAAGCCAACAAGGCAGAAUUGGUCCAAAUGAACACUGACGAGGGCGCGUCACCCUCACCCACUCCUCAGCAGCCCAAGACCACCUGGAAGGACUCCAUCUUUGUGCAGAUGCUGAUGGAGGUGAGGAACCAGGUGAAGCAGCCCAAUCUGAGGCUCUGGUGCCUGUGGUGGGUGUUCAACUCCACAGGUUACUAUCUGGUGCUUUUUUAUGUUCACAUCCUGUGGAACAAGGUCUACCCAGCCACCGAGAACAAGAACGUCUACAAUGGGGGAGUGGAGGCUGCUUCCACUCUACUGGGUGCAAUGACCUCCUUCAUAGCGGGCUACGUGAAAAUCCGGUGGAACAUCUGGUCUGAGCUGGUUAUUGGUGUCAUCACAGCACUGCAGGCAGGCCUGUUGCUCCUCAUGGGCAUCACAGACAACAUAUGGGUCUGCUAUAUCUCCUACAUCCUCUUCAGAGGCUUCUACCAGUUCUUGGUGCCUAUUGCCAUUUUCCAGAUAGCUGCCUUGCUCACCAAGGAGCUUUGUGCCCUGAUGUUUGGAAUCAAUACCUUCCUGGGGACCAUCUUAAAGACCAUCAUUACCCUUAUAGUUGCUGACAAGAGGGGCCUGGCACUGCCUGUUCACUCUCAGUUCCUGGUCUACUUCCUUUAUUUCACGCUGCUUACUGUCGUCUAUCUAGUCUGCGCUGCCGUUGUCCUCAUCCGUCAUUACAGAAGCCAAGCCAGAGAAGAAGAGGUGGCCAGCGAGCAGACCACACCCACAGAUCUCAACCCCACGGCAGCGAACUCUGAGACAGAGGCUCUGUCUAAUGGACACAGCACCAAGACAAACAAGAGCAUCGCCUAACUCCUCAGGCAUGAGUGUUCUCUAGCUAGACUGGGCUUUCCACAAGUGAGAUGUAAGACUUUAUGGGUAAAAUAUAUUCACGGUUGAACCUUCUGAGGAUUAGUAUUUUUUUUUUCAGUGUUUACAACUGAGCUCAAGUCAUUCAAGUGCCUCAUCUGAUACCUGAGACUGACUGACUUCCUGUUGGAAGGGGGACCAGCUGCAGAAAUGUCUGACUGAUCAAUGAAAAGUUGAAGCUCUUAAUGGUAGACAAAUAUCUUGUGACCAGUGAUAUGUUGGAGUUUUUAGAUAGGUUUAGCAGGUACUACUAAUGUUUUACUUGUUUAAAAAAAAACAGAGCACUCUGACACUGCCGUAUCGUGACAAAUCAUCUCUAAACAAAGACGGGGACCGUUGUUUUGCAAUGGUCGGAUGGUUGCUUUGUUUCCCUGAUGUGUUAUUUUUUUUUAUCGUCACCUAUAGAUAUAGGAAAACAGGCAUGUCUUGUGAUUACGGGGAACUGGGAAAUGGUCAUGCUUUGUCAGUGUGCCCACAGCUUUUAGACCUUGAUUGGUAAUGCAGCUGUCGUCCUUAUGGGACAGUGGAUUUCCUCACGGCCAUAGUUUAUGAUUGCUGUGCGAUCACCACAAGAUUGCUCUCGAAUAAGCACCUUUCUUAGGAACACUCCUAUCAUCUUGAGCAUUUUACUUUUAAUCGCGUUAUAGAAAUCUGCUGUUGUAUGAAGAGCCCUGAAAUGAUCGGUGUUGGCAUCUUGUUUGCUUCUAUCAUCAGCUUAAAUUCGUCUUUGUGACUUUACAUAGGAUUUAUAUUUUGUAUUCGUUAUCCUUUGACGCAGUUACCUGGAGUGACGAAACACAGAACAUGAGCAUUUAAACCCGUUUUAAUCAGUGCAGAGUUUGACACCGUAAGCUACACAAUGCAACUGUUAUAUUGUAAGUACGGUAAAUAGUACGGUACCUCGUUUUUUUGUUGCAGGUUAUACAUAAUGGAGUUUAAUCAACAAGAUUAUUUUAUUGUCAGUGAAACCCUACUGAGUUGCUUCAUGCAUAGCAGAUGUAAUGUUAAAAAAUAGGAUCUUUAGAAUAACCUGAAAGGGGUGUCCGGGUGGCGUGGCGGUCAGUUCCGUUGCCUGCCAACACGGGGAUCACCAGUUCGAAUCCCCGU